ACAAGAAAACAAAACAAAACCCAACCCUCGUUUUCUUGCGAAAACAGAAGCCGAUAAACCCUAAUUGCAAAAUUGACGGUGUAAAACCCUAGAAAGAAGCAGUAGGAGAGGAAGAAGAGGAGCAAUGAGACCCUUGGACGAGAAGGAAACGAGCGCAGUGUUCGAGAAACUCUUCAAGUUCGUUGGUAACAACCUCAAGAACAUCGUCGAGAACCCCUCUCACGAAGGCCCCGAUUCAAACCCUGGCCGCUACUGCUUCCGUCUCCACAAGAACAAAAUCUUCUACGUCAGCGAAUCACUGGUGAAGCGCGCCACGAACAUCGCUCGUCCCAACCUGGUUUCCCUCGGAACCUGCAUUGGAAAAUACACUCACGGCGGAAACUUCCACCUCACCGUUCAGGCCCUCAACUUGGUCGCCGCCAAUGCCAAGCACAAGGUCUGGCUCAAGCCCCAGUCCGAGAUGUCCUUCUUGUACGGUAAUCACGUCCUCAAGAGCGCGUUGGGUAGAAUCACCGACAACAUUGCUCCCGGCGAUGGUGUUGUCGUGUUUUCCAUGGCCGAUGUACCAUUGGGUUUCGGAAUCGCCGCUAAGUCCACGCAGGAUUGUAGGAAGUUGGACCCCAAUGGUAUAGUUGUUCUGCACCAGGCGGAUGUAGGAGAGUACUUGAGGAUGGAGGAUGAACUUUGAUGCAUGGGGUUCUGUUGUACGGGGCUUUUUUAGUGUUUAUCAUGUGAAUUGGAUUGCCUUGAGAUUGGUUUUGAUCCUUUUUCAAUCUCAUGAAAUAAUAUUACUUUUUAUAUAAUUAUAUGUCUACUCUUUGAGGAUUGAUAAUCGUAUUCCUACGUGGCAGUUGCCUGUUAUUUUGUGACUCAGGAUUGGUGUAAUUUUAUGUCUUGAGGAUUAAUUUUGUCAAAGGAAAGUAAUCAAUGAGGACUCGUUUAAUAUUUUCUUUGGUAUUAUAUAGUUUCAUUUGAAGGUAAAAAAGUUAUUCUAUUUAAAAGACAAACAGUGCGGGUAACUAACUUUCGGAGUGUACGCAAUCUUUUGCUUGAUGUGAAGAUAAUUUAACCUAACUUGUAUGUAGUUGGCUGUGUUUUAAUCCCAAUUUUACCUGGGUGUUCCAAGCAAGAAAGUUAUUUUCGUUCUCUAAGAAUUCUCGUGUUCCUUGUCCCGGGGAUUACAAAGUUUUCGAGGAAACUAGUGAAGGGGAAUCACUAUUUUGAUUCUAUCAGUGAUGUAUUGGGUAAAGUUGCUUCUGACCCUGAGCUAAUUGAGCUUGAGACAAUUGCUGAUAAUGAUUGUACUAGCAAGGAAGGAAAUUGCUGAUAAACUGAAUCCUAAACUUAAUGCUGCCAACGGUACAUUGGUCAAUAGAUUGAAAUUCGGUGAAUCAGGAAAUUCCAAUGUGCAGCAAGAAACAGAGAUUGGAUGCAUGAGAAGUAUAAAGAUAAAGGCCGUUGUCUGGUUCCCAGGUUUGCAAGUGACACCUGGAAUGAAAUUGAAGAGGCCAGUUUCAUCCUUGGCUUGUAUAUAUUUGGGAAGAACCUUGUAGUGAAAAGAUUUAUUGGUAAUAAGAAGAUGGGAGAUAUACUGUCAUUCUAUUAUGGGAAAUCUUAUAAUUCUGAAAAAUAUCAGAUGGUCUGGAUGUAGGAAAAUGAGAAGCAGAAAAUGUAUUUAUGGGCAGAAAAUAUUCACAGGACCAAGGCAGCAAGAGCUUUUAUCUCGUUUACUAACAAACAUGUCAGAGGAAUGUCACAAAAAAUUACUUGAGGUGUCCAAGACAUUUGUAGAGGGGAAAAUGCUUCUAGAAGAUUAUGUUUUUACUUUAAAGGCCUCUGUUGGGCUCAAAGCGCUUGUUGAGGGAGUAGGAGUUGGUAAGGGGAAAGAAGAUCUUACAGGUCUCACCAUAGAUUCCACGAGGUCCACUCAAGCACUUCCUGUUCGUCAAGAAAUACCAGUUGGCAAAGCAUGUUCAAUGCUUGCACCUUCAGAAAUAAUAAGCUUUCUAACAGUUGAUUUCAGAUUAAGUAAAGCUCGAACAAGUGAUCUCUUCUGGGAAGCUAUUUGGCCUCGUUUACUUGCCAGAGGUUGGCACUCUGAGCAGCCAGAUAAUCAUAAUUAUGCUGUUGCUUCUAAGAAUUCUCUUGUCUUCCUUGUCCCUGGGGUCAAAAAGUUUUCAAUUAAACUAGUGAAGGGGAAUCACUAUUUUGAUUGUCAGUGAUGUCCUGGGUAAAGUUGCUUCUGACCCUGAGCUAAUUGAGCUUGAGACAAUUGCAGAUAAUGAUUGCACUAGCAAGGAAGGAAAUGGGUUGACAAAAGAUACAAAACUGGACAGCGAAAAUUCCGCUGAUCAGCCCCGCCACUGCUGUCUCAAGGUAAAAACUCCAAAUCGCAGUUCGGAUGUCAUGAAAUUUACUGUUGUGGACACAAGUCUGGCUAUUGAAAAGAUGGCAAAGGUGAGAGAACUGAGAAGCUUGCCAUUUGGAGUUUUAAAAGCUUGUAGUUUUGAAAAUGACUCAGAUGAUGAGAAUAGUUCAGAGGAGCAAGCAAAUGAAUCUGUGUCUGUCAAUAUCAUAUGCUUUGAUCGGGGAGAUAAUGAUAAUACUAAAGCCAGUAAGUCUAAUGUAAGUAAGGUGUCUCUUCACACUUGAAUGGUUUAGAAAACAAUGCUUCAAAAGAGGAGCUUCCAAGGAGCAGCAUGGGUUCGACUAGUCUAUCUGCCGUCUCCACGGACCCUAAGACAGAAUGCUUAAGCAACGCACAGAGACGAGAUGGUAUGAAGUGCCAAUCACUGCUGAGAAUGGCAUCUGAUAACAAUAAUGAUCUAGUUCCUGUCACAAAAAGGAGUAGAUUAAAGGCCUGUAGCCGAGCAAAGAAAAAUAGCAACAGUGCCAAUUUCUUUGUGGUUCCGAGAGUUAAAAAGGAGGCCAGUUUUUGUCCAGAUCUGGACAAUUCAAAUUCUACUGAGAAUGUAACUGCUAACUUCUUUGUUGCUCCCAGAGUAAAGCAAGAGAAAGCCAGCUACUGUCCUAACAAGUCUAAAUUUAGUGAGAAUGUUCUUUCAUGGGUAGUUCCACCCCAGGAUAAGUCAUUAGCAGGUUUUCCAACCCAGAAGAACAAGACAUUAGCAGAUUCUCUGGAAAUGUUAAAUUCAAUUUUAAGGGUUAAAGUUAAGCAAUUAAAAAUAAGUUUUUUAUUUAAAAAUAUAUUUAUUAUUGAAAAUAUGACAAUAUAUUAAAUAUUU